AUGAUCAUCUCUCUUGCACCAAUGGAAGGAGUAAUCGAUUUCAGCAUGCGGCAGAUGCUGACCGGGCUUGGCGGUUACCACCGAUGCGUUACCGAAUUCAUCCGGGUAACCAACUCCGUUGUGCCUGCAAAAGUGUUUUAUCGGCUUUGUCCGGAACUGCUGGAUGGCGGCUACACCCGCGCCGGCACACCGGUGUAUGUGCAGCUGCUUGGAAGUGACACCGACAAAAUGGCGCGCAGCGCAUCGAUUGGCGUAAAAGCCGGCGCCCCUGGAGUAGAUCUGAAUUUUGGCUGUCCGGCAAAAAUCGUCAACCGUCACAAUGGCGGCUCAGCACUGCUCAAGCAGCCAGCGCUGGUUGGCGAUAUUGUUGGCGCCGUCAGGCAAAACGGAUCUGAAGAUUCCGUAUGUGCAAAGAUUCGCCUCGGUUUUGAUAACACCGAUCUGCUGCCUGAAAUCGUUGAACGCGUUGCCGGCGGGGCAAACGAACUUUGUAUCCACGCGCGUACGCGCGCAGACGGAUACAAACCACCUGCCUAUUGGCAGCAUAUUGGUGCACUCAAACACCCUGCGAGCACAACUCUAAUUGUGAAUGGCGAAAUCUGGUCUGUUGCUGGUGCGCAAGAAGCGAUUCGACAAAGUCGGUGUGGUGCAUUAAUGAUCGGUAGGGGUGGUCUGGCACAACCGGACCUUGCCAGGCAGAUUCAAGCCACAUCCUCCGGGCAGCCUCUGGAAGCAAUACACUGGCAGGAAGUGCUGGUUCUAAUUGAACGUUUCUUUCGCGAAAGUGAUAGCCAGAAACCAAAAUAUGCCGGCAAUCGCACCAAACAAUGGCUCGGAUAUCUGAAAAGACAGUAUCCCCAGUCAGCAGCACUGUUCCAUGAAAUAAAAAGACACAGGCAAAUCCACGACAUUGCCGAUGUGAUUCUUCGCCAUCAGAACUGGCUGAAAAAGAACAGGAUUUUUUCAACGCGAGACAACACAUGCCGGCGGCGCUAA